UUGAGUUGGGAAAUUUUGAGAUCUUAAAUAUAUGCGUUCCUCUUUUUUAUUUUGGAAUCUCCUCCUAUAUUCAUGUCAUAAAGGUGAAACUUCAAUUCUGGGCAUAUAGUUAAAUCUGAGGAGUCAAUUCCAAUUGGAGUAAGCUUGCUGGAUUCGUUAAUCAUGUGUGAGACUAUGUCUAUGCCCAUACCUACUGAUCGAUCCCUUAAAACGCUUAUUGAAAUGGAUAAAGCUGAGGAUGAAAGGAGGAAAAAGCUUGGAACCAUAAAGAAGGCGGCAUUAAGUGCCUCGUCCAAGUUCAGGCGUUCCCUGACAAGGAAAGGUCGGAGGAACAGCAGAGUUAUGUCUGCUGGUUUUGAGAAUGAACUUAACUUAGAAGAGUUGCAGGCAGUUGAUGCCUAUCGCCAAGCUCUUGUCUUGGACGAGCUUUUUCUUGCCAAACAUGAUGAUCAUCAUAUGAUGUUGAGAUUCUUGAGAGCAAGGAAAUUCGAUAUUGAGAAAACAAAGCAAAUGUGGGCAGAUAUGCUUCAGUGGAGAAAGGAUUUUGGUGCUGACACUGUUAUGGAGGAUUUUGAAUUCCCAGAAAUAGAUGAAGUUUUGAAAUACUACCCACAAGGGCAUCACGGAGUUGACAAGGAUGGACGACCUGUAUACAUUGAAAAACUGGGUCAGGUGGAUCCAAAUAAGCUGAUGCAAGUAACAACUAUGGACCGUUACAUAAAGUACCAUGUAAGAGAGUUUGAGAGGACCUUCGCUGUUAAGUUCCCUGCAUGUUCUGUUGCUGCGAAGAAGCACAUUGACCAGAGCACAACUAUUUUGGACGUGCAAGGAGUGGGACUUAAAAAUUUCAACAAAGCUGCAAGAGAACUCAUCCAGAGGCUUCAGAAGAUUGAUGGUGACAACUAUCCUGAGACACUAAACAGAAUGUUUAUCAUCAAUGCUGGUUCUGGAUUUAGACUCUUGUGGAACACAAUCAAGUCAUUCCUUGAUCCCAAGACAACUGCAAAAAUCCAUGUUCUAGGUAACAAAUACCAAGGCAAGUUGCUAGAGAUCAUUGAUGCCAGCGAACUUCCAGAGUUCUUGGGUGGUACUUGUACUUGUGCGGAUAAAGGUGGUUGCAUGCUUUCUGACAAAGGACCGUGGAACGAUCCGGACAUCUUGAGGAGGGUCCAAAAUCAAGAGGGAAAAUGCAGGAGGAGACCCUUAGAAGGGAUUCUUGAGAAGAUAAUCUGUGGAGAUGACGAGCCAUAUCUAACGGGAUGCAAUUCUUUCAACAAAAGAUCGAUGGAGCUUCCAUUGCCAGAGGUUGACAAUGCCGAACACUCCCCAGCUCCAGGAAUCAUGAAGCAAUACAGUGUCCAUCGGUAUGACGUGCACGGGGUUGACAAGCCAAUGGAUGCAGCUUGGGUAAAACCAGUACAAAAUGAUAAACUUGCAAUCUCUAAAGAUAUUUUCCCUGAUGAUGCUUACAAGACUUCUGUUGUACUCAACAAUUCAUUUAUGAGUGGGAUCAUGGCCUUACUGAUGGGAGUUUUAACAAUGAUCCGAAUCACAAGGAACAUACCGAGAAAACUCACUGAAGUGGCCUUCUAUGACUGCUCAGUACACUGUGAGAGCACAAGAAUGGAAGCAUCAGGCAUUUCCAUUAAUGAUCACAUGGCCCUGAUUAAACGCGUAGCUAAACUAGAAGAGAAGGUGAGUGUUCUCAGCAUAAAACCUUCCAUGCCAAAAGAGAAGGAAGAACUUCUGAAUGCUACUCUAAACAGAGUCAAAAGUCUUGAGCAAGAGUUAGCUGCAUCUAAAAAGGCUCUUGAUGAAGCCCUUGUUAGACACGACGAGCUGCAAGCCUCCAUUGAGAAGAAGAGAAAGAAGAAAAAGAAGUUUUUCCGCUGGUAGGGUUAAAAUUGUGUUGCUACCUUCUGUGACAGCUCAGAGAUUGAGUCCAAGGUUGAAUUACGAAGUUGGCGGCGUUGUUAUUUACUUGUCUUCAGCCCCAUCCGUGUCUUUUUCCUUUAACCCAUCAAUAACCUUAGUUUCAGCUCUUUGGUUUACUAUUUUCAUUACUUGAUUAAAAAUCAAAGCGUGAAAAUGUUUGUGUAUAUAUUUUGUGAAUAAAUGUAUAUAUUAUAGAUAUAUCAACGUAAUUAUAGUGGGG